AUGGACUUUUACUUCGAUCCGACGAUGGCCAGAAGCAUUGAGCCUCCGCCACCAAAUGGUAUCGUCUACAAGUAUCCCUCCGGUCGUCUCAAGGUAGCCAUUGUAGGCGGUGGGCCAACAGCGCUAGCGUCAGCAAUAUCUCUUGCUGAGAAGGGUGCUGGGAAAAUUCAAGUUCACGUCUACGAAAGGCGGUGGAUCGUCAAAGAUGGUCCGAGAGGACCCUACAUCGACUAUCCCUCGACAGCCAGACGACGUGAUCAGGUUGUCACGCUACAAGAAUCAGUCACGAUGUUGAUGAGUAAAGCAACUCAGCAGGCGUUGUUUGAAGGUCGUCCAGAGCGAGUCUGGCCAGGCUCCUCCAAUAUCCAGAUCCGUAAAGUCGAGGACCGCCUUCUCCGGAGAUGCCACGCCGCCGAAUUCCAGGACUUAAUUCACCUCCACGCGGAGGGUGUGGCCCAUGAGAAUAUGGCAAAAAUUGGUGACUUCCACAUUCUUCUUGGAGCUGACGGAGCUGUAUCGUGGGUCCGCAAAUCGUAUUUCCACGGAUACGAAAACGAACGCGGGCGAAGUUAUGCCCUUGGCCUCGCGUUUGAUCGGCCAGCCGGUCUGCCAUGGUCGCAGCCCUUGAACGUAUUCUUGACUCUGGGUCAAACUCGGUAUCUCCUGAACGCUAGUGACUACGAUGGACGUGGCUACCUCAACAUGCAACUCACAGAGGAAGAGUGGCAUAAUAUGCUUGCCAAGGAUGGCCAGCCAGUCACCUUUGGAUAUCCUGGCUGCCUCCGAAACCCCGAUGGGACUAUACCCAAAGGUUUCACCGAGAAUCAAGUCUUUGCUCCUUCGGAAGACAGAGAAAGUUCAUUAUGGAGGUCAAUUUCCGACGGCCUGAAGCUCUUUGGCUUCAAGGAAAGCGAGGUCAUCAAUGUUGUCCGGAUCCCGAUUGUUGUUCAGGCCGUACGAGAAGGCAUCCAGUAUCUCCCGCCUUGUGACUCGGGAGCGAUCAAUCGCCCACAUGCCCUCGUCGCAGUGGCGGGCGAUGCUGCCAUGACCGUACACUUCUGGCCCGGCCGUGGUCUCAACAGUGGUGUCAAGUCAGGCAUCUCACUGGGAGACGAGAUUGUCCAUGCGCUCAAUGCGGGAAAAUUCGUUGGGCUGCCUCUUACCGCUAUGAACCAGUAUAAUGACUUUAUCAUGAAGCUGCAGGACCGCGAGCAUGACAAACGCAGUAUCCCGAUAUUGAAUCAGUCCGGUACACCAGAGACCUUAGGUUGGCUACUGAGCAAGGCAAAUACUGUUCCAGACAACGUUGCGAUUGAAUGGCUGGUGGGUGCCAUGGCUCAGAUUGCGCAAAGACUUGAACAAAGAGGAGACUGGGCCUUUGGCCCUGUGGCUAACGUCGAGCCCCAACUUCGGAUAGUACUGCGACAGAUGGACUCUGCAACGUUAAGGGAGAUGGCAGUCAGCUUCCCAUGGCCAACACGAGAAAUGGGCGGCGCCGAGGUUCUUCCUCUCCGCUCUAUGAAGCCAGAAGAGAAGCAAAGAUGGCUUCAGAGCAUCUGGGGGCUAUUGCGAGACGAGGUCAGCCGAGACUCGCAAAAGCGCCCUCCUUCCCGUGGAGAUCGAGGACGGCCACUUUCUACAUCAAGAUUUGAGGCUCCGCGCGGUGUAGCCUUGCUUCCACCUAGAGCCGUUUCGCCGUCGCCACAGUUCCUAUCGCCAACGCCAAAUAAUGCUGCGCCAAGCCGCUCCGAGUCGACAUUACGAAGAAGCAACGCCAAUCGAGGAGGCAUGUCUCCAGGCCCCUCGGAGCGAACACUAGCUGUGCCUACUGAGCUGGAUGGCAAUCCAUCUUCGCGGCCACGUUCGCCAUCUAUGGGUGGUGACAUACCGUUGGGAAGAUUGCUUAGCGUGAGCCAGCGUCCGGGCCACGCCGUGUUGGCGGAUGCUAUGUCAUUGGCACUGUUCCGUGUCGACGGGGAUUGA